GGAGAUUCGGCUACUUUACAUGAAGAUCAUAUUUGCCGCGGAGUAUCUAAGAUUGUCCUAGUUUAGACGAGUGCAGGGGCAGCACAGACUGAGUAAGGCCGGCUCACCCAUUUUUCACCUUCACGGCUUAUCAUAUAUUGUCUAACUUGCCGUAGUAUGACUUCCUGAUGUCUUUAUCAAAUGUGAUAAGCUGGAGAAGUUGUACGCGAGCCAUCGUUGACAUCCCGUGACCUAUUACCGCUGCGAAGAGAUGAUCGAAGAAACCCAGGUGGUCAUAGUUGGAGCUGGUCCUGCUGGGCUAACAUUUGGUCUGUGCCUUGCACAGUAUCAAAUCACCUCAGUCAUAUUAGAGAAAGAGCGUGAAGUCACUACAGAUCCUCGUGGAGUAUAUCUUACCGGUGAUGCUAUCAGGAUCCUCUGUAGCCUAGGCCUCCACGCAGACCUUGCUAAGAUAGGACAUGUGGUAGAAACUAUCCACUAUCAUGUGAACAGCUUUUCUACGAAACCGUAUUUUAGCGUUGGCCUUGCAGAAGACUCACUACACCAAUCGCUGCCCAAUGGUCUUCUGCAAAGUCAACCUCAGCUCGAGCACGCAUUGCGGCGCCAGGUUACACUUUCCAAAUGGUGUACAUUACGGACGGGUUGUGAGGUUACUGGCCAAUAUAGAGCUGAGCCGCCGGUAGUUGAGUACCUGGACGAACAUGGAACUCCACGCCGCAUCCAAGGUAGUUGGCUCAUCGGUGCAGAUGGUAAAGUAGGCAUUGUACGGAAACACUUCCUCGAGCCGACCACCGGAAUUAGACAACAGAGAGGGUCAUAUGACUAUACAGGUACUUGGGUGGCUGCAAACCUCAAAAUUACCCCACCAACGCCCCAAACACACCCAAAGUUCCCACUUUGGCAACUUGGAUAUACGCCAGACCAAGUAUACAAUCUCUUCUGGCCCGAAGGCUGGCAUUUUUGUUGCCCUCCAGGCAAAGCGACGGCUACUGGCAGAUUUGGUGCAUACCAUGAGCGGCUUUGGCGUCAUGAAUUUUGCCAGGACGAUUGGCAUGAUGAGAUGGAUGCUGUACGAUUGUUCUGGGAACACAUUACGCCGAUGAUCACACGCGGGCAGGAUACCGAUGGCUACAAGCUACCUGAACAAGUGCAAUUCCCGCGAGAUUGUGUCGAAAUUCUUCGCUGCAGGCCAUUCAGAUUCGUGCACAAGGUGGUAAAUAGGUGGUUUGAUGGGCGGGUUGUUCUCAUCGGUGACGCUGCACAUGUAUUCCCACCCUUUGCCGGCCAGGGUAUCGGCAGUGGAGUCCGAGAUGCGCAGCAGCUGGCUUGGCGACUAGCCUUGAUGCUCAGUCAGCCUCAGAUAUCCAACCUCACGAAGAGCAACAUUCUCGACGCAUGGACGCUCGAACGGCGCCACAGCGUGGAUGCGGCAGCAUACAUGUCUAUGUUGAAUGGAACCAUGAUAAAUUGAGAGCCUGCACGUUGGAUUUGGCUUUUGAUCCAGUUUGUGAAAUACACGAUGCACAUUCCCUUCGUGCGAAAGCUUUUGAAUCCGGAGGCACGAAUCGAGCGAGUUGGCUUUAUCAAGGUUCAAGGAGGCUUCUUCUUGAAAGACUAUAACGGCGGGGCUCGAUUGGCUCAAAUAUUCAUGCAAUCGGACGCCCGGGAACCAAUUCUCUCUGACGAGCUAUGGCGGCCUUCUGAAUCCAUUUUCAAGCUCCUUGUCGUGGGAUCCACCCAUCAUGCCCAGAACUACCAAGACGCCGAGACAGCUAUCAGAA